GCUGCUGCUGCUCUGUGGUGUGUGUUACUGUUGUGCGUAGUAGUAGUGCAGUGUUAAAAUGGCCAGCUGCAAGAAACGAAUCACCAUCCUUCCACCAUUUUGCAGCGAUGGAAAGUGAAAGAAAAAUGGCCAACGGCAUUUUCACUUUAGUUUGCCAUCCCGUUAAGAGUGUGCAAUGUUAAGUUAAAGGUAACAAAGGGAAACGCAGCCGGUGGUGUGGAGUUUGAUGAAGUGAUUUUGCCAGCAUCAGCAAAAUGGUCGCAACAGUCGACGACGGAUCGAUAAUCGUAAAAUUAAAACCAUCCGCACCAUGGUGUCGAAGCAGCAGGGAAAAGAAGGAUGCGUCGCAGCAGCAGCAGCAGCACACAGCGGGAGCGGGAGCGUGUUGUGUGGACCGACUGUUCUUCCAUCAUGUGACGCCAUUGAUGCUGGCGGAGGAAAAUUAAAUCCCAUCGCUAGGAUAAUGGCACCGAACGGCACCUGUGAGAUUAAUUAGUAUGGAAAAGAUUGACCUAAAAAAACACGAAGAAACACAGCACCGGAUGAUGUGAAAGCAGCGCUCGUCUCAGUGUCCACCACACAAAUCACUGAAAAGUCUUCCAUAAUAAACUCCCGGCCUUGGUCUGGGAAGUUACCUUAGUGUUUAAGAAAGCUUGUGCUUAAAAGGGGGGGUGUGUUAAGGGAAGGUAUACAGCUUUCCAAUAAGAAUAGAAAAAAGAAAUCCGUAAUCCAACUGUCUUCCAAGAAAGUUGAUACACGUAGUUGAUAAGUUUUAGUAGAGAGAUAGUCACAGUUUUGAGGACAAAAGCAACAUUAUUACGCUCGUUAAAUCGACGUCUUCCAUAGAGAUAUACUUACAUUGUUUAAGCUAACACAAAAUCGUACGAAAUAUGAAGAAAAAGCUCUCACCGGCAACUAAAUUUCGGCGCCGGCUGGCCGCGAUGAAGAAGAAACGGGCCAGCAAAACCACUUCCACAACCGGUGGUGGCCCCUUUCUCAAUCGGAAGCAGCCGAAGGAACAGUUCUUCGAGCAUGACAUCCGGUACAACGCGGAAGAGUCGCCGCAGCAGCAGCAGCAGCAGCAGCAAAGCAUCCUGCAGGAGGACGAUGGUAUGGAUCCACCGGAUUCUUCCACCAAUCCGGAAAAGGGAACCUUUUCACACCGCCAACCGUUGUCGCCACUGGCUGCAUUGUCCCGUUGUUCCUCAUCCGAAUCGUCCGUUUCGGAGCGUGCCGUCGGUUCGCCGGUGUGCGGCGGUCCGGAAAGGAGAAUCAAAUCAGCCGUACAGGUGAACGAGUGCAGCGGGCCAGUGAAAGGGAAACAGCGCACCAAAAGUGGUCCGCUGUUUGGGCGCAAGUAUCAAAAAGCGAAGGCAGGAGGACGCCAGAUGACAGUGCCGCCACCCUUUGGCAUGCUGAACUGGAACAAUCGAAAGAUGCUGCUAAAGCUGCAGCAGCAGCUCCGCCUGCAAGGGCUCUGUUUGUCGUCGCUUUCGGCGGCCGGAGGACGUAGCACCGAGCUGGCAGGCAUGCUCAAUGGCGCUACCAGUGCCGGCGGUAGUAUCGAUGCCGUUGGUGGUACACCCGCCGGAUGCUACUGUCACUGCGCAUGUGCAGCAACGCUUCCGGUGGGUGCCGGCGAAAAUCACGAACCACCACCACCACCAACACACGGUGGCCACGCAACUUUCCACCCCGAGCGGAGGGACGUUUGCAGCCGACCGACGACCGGCGGCAGUGUGCGAAUUGCACGACCACGUCAGCCCAAAGCGAACCAGGAGGACAGUGUGCAAUCAGCGGCAGGACACGUUCGCUCGUCCCAUCGUCAUAACCGACACCUGGGCGACGUUUUGUCCAGGUCUUCGUAUCAGCGGCAGGGCCACCACCACCACCGCCAACCACAAGCCAGCGGUUCCAGUUCGCGCUCGUCGUCCUGUGACUCGUCGGAAGUGGUUUCGUGCCAGGUUCGUCGGAAGCUGUACCACCAUCACCACCACCACCACCAGGACGAAGCAGAGCCAAACGUCAGGACACAGUCUGGUUGUCCGAAUCGGCACCAAUAUCUCGACCCACAGCACGCACAGCUAGUGCGGGAACAUUGUGGCAGUUUGCAGCCGCAUCUCCAUCCGCAUCAUUUGCCACACAGUCGACAUCAUCAUCCUUCUGCUCCUCAUCAAAAGCUGUGCAUCCGUACUACGACUGCCGCUGCUUCCAGAUCCUCUGCCGCCGCCAGCAUUCCGAUUUGCAUGCAUGCCAUGCAUAGCGUUGUGAGUGUACGGGAAACGCAUCACAUCGCACAGGCCCAGCAGGAAAAGAACGCCAAGCUGCGGGAAGCGUUCGGGAUCUCGCAGUACUUCGUCGAGGGUACGAGCUUCGACCAGGACCGGAAGGCGAAGGAAGAUCUCGCCAAAUCGGAAGCCCUGCAAAAGGAGCUGGCGGAGAAGGAGAAGGCCAAAGAGAUGGAGCGGGCGAACCGGAAGCGGUACGCGCUCGUUCGCACACCGUCCCCGGAAAAGGAAGCCGGCGGUGGAGGAGCGGGAGCAGGAGCCGGCGAUCGUAACGGCAAGCAGCGUAGGCGCGGCAGCUCCAAUGACGAGCGCGAGGAAGGCGAACACGAUGACGAUGACGAGGAGGAGAAUGAUGGAAGCCAUAAUGGUGGGGAUGGUAAGGUGAACAACUCCAAAUCGACGGCCGGUGGUGGACUGCGACGCGAUAAGGAGGAAAAGAAGAAGAAAAAGAAAAAGGCACGAGAUGUAUCUUCCAGUCCGGAGCGCAAAAAGGAUAAGAAGAAGAAAUCGAAGAAAAACAAAAAAGAAAGAACGAAGAAAAAACACUCGAAAAAAUCGCACCGUGACGAUGAGAGCGAUUCGUCCGAUUCGGAAUCGGAUUCCGAUUCGAAAAGUGAUGCAUCCUCGGAUUCGGAGCGCGAGAACAACAGCAGCAGCAAGCGGAAGAAGAAGUCCUCGAAGAAGGAAAAGAAAAAGAAGUCGCAGAAAAAGAAGAAGGCAAAAUCCCGAACGCCAUCGCGUAACAAAUCGCCCGAAGCUUCCGGCAAAAAGGUUGCCGUGGAGGAACCGAAACAAGACAAACGCAACGAAGCCUCGGCCGGUGCGAAACACGACACGGAUAGAAACAGACGCUCGCAUGAUCGCAGCGCCGGUGGGCGAAGGGAUCGCUCGAGCAGUCGAAAUCGGGCCGAUGUCCAGCGAAUGCGGGAGCCUAGCCGCGAACGGGGUAACAAUGCUCGCCGUGGCGGCGGAUAUCGUCCGGAUCGAUACGAGGAACCGCGCUUCGGUAAUAACAAUCGUGGUGGUGUUGACUAUUUUAACCGGCAUCGCGAUCGAGACCGCGAUCGAGACAGUAAUCGCGUUGCGGAGGAGCGUCCACGACGCAGUCGGUCAAGGAACCGGCGCCGGGAGCGAUCGCCACCGGACCAGGAACGUAACGAUCGAUCACGGUCCCGUUCGCGGUCGCGUUCGGGAAGCCAGCGGCGUCGUCCAGAUCGAGGGGCGCGGGGCCACAGUGUGGAAAGGUCAAAGCACAGUUCGCGUCGCGAACGCACGCCCCCGAAACAGCAGGCGGAGCACGAGCGCGCCCGCGACAGGGACGGCGAUCGAGAGAAGGAUCGUCGUGAGCGCAACAAGGACCGUGACCGCGAUGUGCACGAUCACCAGGCCGAUCGUCAGCGCGACAGGGAUCGCGAGCGACGAAAUGACGAUCGGGAUAGGGGCCGUGAAGGCAAGCGGGAUCGUGAGCGGGACAGCAAUCGCGAUCCGGCAAAGCAUCGUCGUUCGCCGAGCCCGCAAAAGAAGGACAAACGAUCGCCGGCGACAAUACGGCGCCAGCCGCGGGAAGAGGAAUCCACUACGAAGAAGCGUGACAAAUCUCCGCGCCGUUCGCCUGAUCGCCAGAAGUCAAAAUCGAGCACGGUAGUGGAAUCGAAAGCACGCAAACGAUCGCCAACUCCGCCGCCGAAAGCGGCAUCGCGCGAUAAAUCGAUCCCGAGGGGGUCUGAUAAGGUGGAACGGCCAGCAUCAUCUCGUCAACCGGCCCCUGCCAAGGUGGCAGAGGAGAAGGAACCGGCAUCCUCCUCCGAUUCAGAGGCCGAAUCGGACCUGGACUAUUCGCCGGCCAGACGUAACCCGGAACGGUACAGCGAUAUACUGCAGCGCAGCAGCAAAUCGCGCACCGAGACGAAUGGUAAAGAGGAUGAUAGGAAAUCAACCAAAACCACCAAACCAGUAUCGUCGAGGUCAGGUUCGCCACGCGAGCCUCGUAGAUCAAGCAGCCCAAGCGGAGAGAAAGCGGACAGCAAGACAGCAAAGAAAGACAGCGCACCGAAAGCUCGUCGUGCUUCUGUCAGUCCUUCGCCGCCGCCCGCCCGACGCGAUCGCUCUGCGUCGCGUGGCAAAUCGCGCCGAUCGCCUUCGCCCAAGAAAAGGGAUACCUCGCGUCACGAUGGAUCUCCCGUCGCGAAGAAACGGGAGAAGCCGGCCGCGCCGCCAUCGGAAAAGUCGGAAAAACGCUCCACCACAUCGCCCUCCUCCUCUCGGAGGGUAAAGUCUCGGUCGCGGUCACCGCCGGAGGUGAAAAGACGCCGCCAGGAGCAAGCAUCGCCCGCAGCAAGGUCGACGACAAAACCGACCUCGGAGCGAGAGCCAACCGAAACGGCCAAGCGCAGCGAAACACGCACACCGGAAAAGGGUGAGUCGAGAAAAUCUCGAUCGAAGAAGGCGUCUUCAUCGUCCGGUGGGGCAGCAGCAACGUCCUCGACAAACGCCGCCCCUGUACAGCAGCCGGUAGUGAAGCUCCAUUCGCCCGAAUCGGAACACUCACAAUCAGACGGCGAGGAACGGGAGCAGGAGCGUAGCAGCACGCAACACGAUCGAGACGAUCUGGACGCAUUCCUUCCCAUUUACGACGAAACCCGCGAGCAGGAGAAGGAUCUUUCGCUGCUGAAAGCCCUCAAGCACGAUCUGGCAGCGAAGGCCAAGCAAAGCUUGGAGAAGAAAAAGUCCGUGUCCGAGGUGGGAAACAGCAGCAGUAGCAGCAGCAGCAUCAUCAGCAGUGCCAUAGCGAUGAAGGUUGGCGUUCUACCCCCCACGAAACCGGGCGAACCGGCCUCCGCAGAGGCACGCGAACGGGAACUGCAGCAAUCGGCAACGCAACCGAGCAGCAGCCACAAAACGGAAUCAGCUAGCAAGGCAGCACCGGCGGUGAAAUGUUCGCCCGACGAGAAGCUUCCUGCCGGCGCCAAACCAAAUACUACUAAAGCAACUGACCCGGCAGCAUCACAGGAGGACGCCAGCAGCACCAGCACUGCACUGAAGAAGGAUAUCCACGAGAUACUUACCGCCGUCGGUGCGUGGGCCGUUGCCGACGGUUCGGAGGCGGCUGCCAGCCUGGCGAAGACGACGAUUCUGCAAGCGGUCGACGGCAUACUGAAGGAGAAAAUAUCGGGCACAUCGAAGGAAGCGAAGCCUGCGGCCGUUGCCGGCUCGGGCAGUAAUAAAACGCGCCCCAGUACCAAGAGCAGCCGUUCCCGUUCUCGAUCUCGUUCCCGUUCGCAUAAGUCGCGCAGCUACAGCAGCUCUAGCAGUGAUUCGGGCAGUUCACGGUCGCGCAGCCGCUCGUCCUCGUCGCAUAGCCACAGCUCGUCCGAUCGGGGCAGCAGCCGCUCGCGCAGCCGUUCCAGCAGCCACUCGUCCCAAUCUUCCCCGCGUUCCCGCACCGCGUCCCGGUCGCCCUCGAUACCGCGGCGUGCCGGGUCGCCCUCGUUUCUCGAUCGGCGCCGCAUCACCAGUGCACGCAAGCGUCCUAUACCGUACCGCAGACCGACACCAUCGUCACCGUCGAGCGCCAGCAGCUACCACAGCCGUGGCAGUCACUCGAGAAGUCGCAGCCGUAGCAAGAGUCAUUAACCCGCUACAUUGCGCGCGGUACAUGGGACAGCUUCCCGUACACUAAAGAGACACACCCCAUACACACAAUCCAAAGAGCAGAUCGUAGCAGAUUAUCCUAUUUACAAAUCGUCCAGCGUGUGCGUAGAGCGGUUUAAACAGAACAGCAAUAGAAAAGAGAACUAGGUGUCAAACCUAGCAGUAUCCUAUUGUGCCCUUUUGCAGCCCGAUAUUCAAACUUCCAAUUGAAUUUAGGAUGAGAUUAGGAGGAGGAAGCACAUGCGGAAUCAAUCAAUCUUGUGUACAUUCCAGAAGCAAAGGAAAAGAAGGAUAUUGCCCACCAUCAAAUGUCCUUUGAUAUUCAUAUCAGAUGGAUGGAUCCGUGUGUCAUUUCAAAGAAAUUAUUUAUUCGCAAUAGAGCACACCCCCGUGGGUGUAAAUGUAACAAGCACACACACAUACACACAAGACGAGAAGAUGCAGAGAGGAUAUUAAAAGGGAAGAAUGUUUAGGAUUUAUUUUCCAGUAUGCGUCGUGCAUGACUAAGUUGAUAUUAUAGAGGUUCACUGAUUACUUCUAAAGUGUAUUAAUUUUCUAGUCCUUGUCCUAGGUUUACGAAGCGAUAAAAUGCACACAAAGCUAAUAUGUUCGGUUGCAAUAAUAGUACUAACUCUAGUCAUUUUAGCAAUUAUUUAUGCAAUGAUUUUGUUUUCUUUUUAUUUAUUUGAAUUUGAACAAUACUCAUGCGUGUUAGCAUAACUAUCUUAGCAAUCCCUAGAAAGCAAACAAAACACACUCAUAAAAGAUUCCUUGCAAUAAAUUCCCCACACAGGAGGUCGACCAUCUUAAACUCACUAACGAAUAAAAGCGGAAUGCAUUACUAAUCAUACUAAA